CAGGGUUUAACUGUGGUGUAGUACAACUUCACAAAGUCAAAACUGUACUGCAGCAAACACACUAAUCCAAUCUUUCUUUAAAUAAAACCAACUUAACUAAUCCAAACCAGAUCAACAAAUUCUACUACAACAACUCCAUUCAUGGCUUCUCGAAUUGUUUCCUUCAAGUCAACCAUCCUAUUCAUUUCUCUUCUCCUCCUACAGUUCUCCUUCACCACUGCUCAUGGAGGGAGCGAUGGCGAUGAAGAUAGUGCUGGUCAUGAUGACCAUGCAGAUUUGCAUGCAAAGGGCUUAAUUUUGGUUAAAAUAUGGUGCUUGAUCAUUCUUUUUGUAAGCACUUUCGCUGGUGGCGUCUCCCCCUACUUUUAUCGAUGGAACGAGAGCUUUCUCCUCUUGGGUACGCAAUUUGCCGGUGGGGUUUUUCUUGGAACUUCUAUGAUGCAUUUCUUGAGCGAUUCAAAUGAAACUUUUCGUGAUCUCACAACUAAAGAAUACCCUUUUGCAUUUAUGCUGGCAUCAGCGGGUUAUCUUCUGACGAUGCUUGGUGAUUGUAUAAUCAGUUUUGUUGCAAAGGGAUCAAGUGAAAAUGAAGCUAAAGUGGAAGUGGAAGAAGGAAGAAUAGUUAGUGAUCCUAAAGAGGAUGUGAGCCCCUUUUUUUUAAGGACAACGUCCUUUGGGGACACCAUGCUUCUCAUUCUUGCCCUUUGUUUUCAUUCAGUGUUUGAGGGCAUCGCUGUUGGAGUUGCAGAUUCUAAGGCAGAGGCAUGGAGGAAUUUGUGGACAAUUUCCUUACACAAGAUCUUUGCAGCUAUUGCAAUGGGAAUUGCACUACUCAGGAUGAUACCAAAGAGGCCAUUUUUAUUAACAGUGGCUUACUCGUUUGCCUUUGCUGUUUCUAGCCCCAUCGGUGUAGGGAUAGGAAUUGCCAUCGAUGCCACAACUCAAGGACGUGUUGCUGAUUGGAUCUACGCAAUCUCAAUGGGACUUGCUUGUGGGAUUUUCAUAUAUGUUGCCAUUAACCAUCUCAUCGCUAAAGGGUUCAAGCCGCAAGAUAAAUGCUAUUUUGAUACCCCCUUCUUCAAGUUUCUUGCUGUGCUUACUGGGGUUGGUGUUAUAGCAGUUGUUAUGAUUUGGGAUUGAUGUGAUGCAAUUUUCUGUAGUAAUUUUGGUUUUUUUCGAGUAUAUUUAUAGUUGUUCAAAUUCCUGGAUAAAGUUUGGGGAGCACUCACUAUAAUUGAGAAACUUUUUUCUUUGAUACAAUCAUAUGCAUUAAUUACGUAAUAUUUCUUGCUAA